CACAGUGAUGGGACCAUGACGCGUGUAAAAGCGGCGACAACUGGCACCCCUCUUCUGUCUCCCUCGUUCGACACUUCAUCUUCUCUGCCUCUGCAGAAAUAUCAUCAAAAUUCGAUCCCACCGUUCCAAUCCAAAUUCGGACCGCCAAACCAAAAACAUUCACACACAAGCACACAAUUCAGCUCGCUCUCUGUGAGAUUAGGGUUUCUAUCUUUCUUUGCUGAGCUUCAACCGUCGGAUAUGGAAAACGAUUCUCCUCCUCCUCCUCCUCCUCCUCCGGCCACCUCACUCACGUCGGAGGUUAUCGGCCGUAACGCUUCAACCGAUUCUGAAGAGACUCAGAGUCUGCUGAACUCUCAGGCAGGAGAAUCAAAUAACACGGAAUGGACAAAUGAGAAGCACCGUUUGUACCUCAAGUCCAUGGAAGCAACAUUUGUUAACCAGUUAUAUAAUAACAUUAAUCUACUUGGCCGGUACUCACAAAGGGAGCACUCAUCAGAUUAUAAAUUGUCAAGGCAAAUGCGUGGCAACACCCGUGCGUCUUCUGGCCAGCAAUUCAAAGUUCUUCGAAGUGGCUGCUGGGAGAAGAUCAAUUUUGAAAGACAGGAACCUCGAGUGGAGAAAGCAGAUGGUUCUCGUGUCCUUUUAGCAAAUCCAUGGAUUCGACAUUUCAGAUCCGCAAGCAGGCACCAAGUUGUGACAUCUUCUGCUCUUCAAGAAAAAGCCGCCUUUGAAGGUCGAGCAAUCUGCGUAAAAGGGAAAAUGGCAUUGCCAUCUCCCUCAGCUAAUUCAGAGCAGUUUCAUGCGCCUCAUUUGUACGGUCAUGAUUCGGUUGGCAGCGAUGCAGAGAUGUCGGAUCAAAACUUCGUUGGUGACAAUAUUGAGGGAGACAAGGCAAACUGUAUGUGCAGUCAGAAGAGGCUGAAAUCUGCGGUUGAUCCUACAUCAAGCAAUGAUCAAGUCGUUCCUUUCAGCAAUUUUACCGCGAUACAAGAUGUUACCAAGAACCCUGCUUACUUGGAAAGUGAAAGGCACCAUGGUAGUAAUCUGUAAUUGUAGAAAAGGGUAGCUAGCUUUUUUGUGAUUGGAAAUUAACGACGACUUCCUGAAACAGAAAGCUAGAAGCAGGUAAGCUAGUCUUACUAAUAGUUACGAUGGUUUAGUUUGUACUAUUUAUAAAUGCUUGGAUGAGAGAGCAAUCAUGAUUUUGAGAUCGGGGCAUAUACCAACAAAAAUGAUGUGGUUUAGUUCUACAAAGAUCAGUUGAUAAUGAUAGAAGAAUGUGUGCAUGCUGCUGCCUACUGCUGCUGUAAAUGAUAUACCAGAUGAGUAGAAGAGCUGAUUGUUCCCCAAUUAGAGAGGUUGCUCAGAUAUUCUCAGCGUGUCCUUCAAUCAAGAUUUUUAUUGAAGUUUUUUCAAGUAGUUGGCAACUAAUAACUAUGUAAGGUUUAGUUGUACAGUCUGGUAUUUACCCAGACUGUUUGAUGCUGGAAUUUCAGUUGACUAGCUAGGGUAUUUGCGACAA